UCUAUCUACUCUGCUCUCAACAGUCAACUGGAUAUUUUUUUUUUAUUUUUAUUUCCAGAGAUGAGAAGCACUAGAACGAAGUGCAGUGCGCAACAGUGUCGCCUGACUAGUAAUUAGUAAUUACAGACACUUAUCACACUAAUCAAUCACUAAGCCAGAGAGGGUGCGGUGGACUGGAUUGGAAUGGAAAUGGUUAUGUGGCAACAAGAACAAGCAAUGCUAACCACAUAGGCCAUUCGAUUAACUAACGCCAAUCAAUUAUCCUUCAUUUAUUCCUUUAUUCCAAAAGUCCAAUUUGGAAAAACAAGGAAGAGCCGAACAUGGCAUUCCUACACUUCAUCCCUUCACCUUCUUCUUCGUCAAACAACCCCUCCUUAAACCCCAACGCACCACUCUCUUCAUUCCGUUACUGCAACAACCCUAACUUCCCACCAAAACCGCACCACCUCCAUGUCGCCAACCGCCGCCGCCGCAAACUCCUCUCUCUUCUCCGCUGCUCUGCCUCCUCCUUCUCCGAGAAGCACCACACCAACUCCCCCAAGUCCGACGACGUCGUCGAGCUCCCACUCUUCCCUCUCCCACUCGUCCUAUUCCCCGGUGCCAUCCUCCCUCUUCAGAUCUUCGAGUUCCGCUACCGCAUCAUGAUGCACACUCUCCUCCACACCGAUCUCCGCUUCGGAGUUAUCUACACGGACGCCGUCUCCGGCACCGCCGAAGUCGGCUGCGUCGGCGAGGUCAUAAAGCACGAGCGCCUCGUCGAUGACAGGUUCUUCCUCAUCUGCAAGGGCCAAGAGCGGUUCCGCGUCACCAAGGUUGUGAGGACCAAGCCCUAUUUGGUGGCGGAGGUGACGUGGCUGGAGGAUAGGCCUUCGUCGGCGUCGGAGGACCUUGACCUGGAGGGGCUUGCCGGCGAGGUGGAGACUUUCAUGAAGGACGUAAUUCGAUUGUCGAAUCGGUUGGGCGGGAAGCCUGAGAAGGAGGUUGGGGAUUUGAGAAGGAACCUGUUUCCGACGCCGUUUUCGUUCUUCGUUGGGAGCACCUUCGAGGGCGCACCCAGAGAGCAGCAGGCUUUGCUGGAAUUGGAGGACACGGCGGCGAGGUUGAAGAGGGAGAAGGAGACACUGAGGAACACACUCAACUACCUCACUGCUGCUUCUGCGGUCAAAGAUGUCUUCCCUUCUUCUUCCUCUUCCUCUUGAGAUCGCAUAGUCUUAAACAAGUUAGUUCUUUAGUUAAACAAGGAGUGUGAUUAAUUAUAGUUAGAAUAUUCUCUUUCUCUCCUUAUAUAUAUUGGCUGCAAAGGGCAAAACGCCAAGCUAUUAUUGCAUAUGUUCUGUUUUGCUCUGAAACCAACACCACCAUGAACGUAUUGGAAAAAUCUGUAAAUUUUUUUUGGUUAUAUUUUUCCUUUCCUUUAUAUCCUUAA